GGAAUUAAGGUAAACGUCAUGGCCAGACAAUAGUUCAGUACUUGUCAAGCGUCGCUUUCGCAAGUAGCAGAAAAAAUGGAAACUCGAGUGAAAGUUUUCGGCUUUUUUGAUAUUCUUCUUGGCAUAACGAUGAUUAUGACAGAGUAUUCAGCCAUUGUGAUGUACUCUCUACCAAUGGACACGACUGGUUCGGGUUUAUGGGGAGGAAUGUUCGUUAUGGUAACGGGAGUUGUGAUCAUUAAAAGGCACAACAUUAUGGUCCUAGUUUUUUCCAUUUUAUCAGCCAUGAGUGGAAUUAUCAUGAUCUGCCUUUAUAUCUGGUCUUUUACUUUGUACGGAGACAUGAUUUCUUCCGGGUACACUUGUGGUGCGACGUUGUACAUGGGGCAUUCUAUUUGCAGCCGCAUAGCCCUGGAUUCGCUGUUCCUCAUUUACGGAGUAGCAGCGCUCUGUAUGAAUACAAUAUUAAUUCACGAUGCUAAAUGGAUUGAACCCCACAAAAAACAAAAUGAAGCACCCGCAUUGACCAACAUUCCAGUAGUGGUCACCAUAACACCCGCCGCGACCAAUGGACACAAUUUAUCGUAAGUUGGAAAUUAAAAAAAAACGAUAAAAAUUUUAUUGCUCAAUUUAAAGAGCUUCCAUUGCCUUCUGCUGUUUCUUCAAAUAUAUGAAUUCGUUUGAGUGUUAAUGUAUGUUGAUUAUACUGAAUGAAUAGAAAAAAAUAUGAAACCCA